AUGUGCCAUGGGGCCCUGUGGGUGGCCCUGCCUUUGUUGUCCCUGCUGGCCUGCUCUGGGCAGGGGAAGCCUCUGGAGAGCAGGGUCCGGAUGUUGACCGGGGCCGAUGCCCACCGUCUGCUAGGGGGCCCUGAAGGUGAGCAGGCUGGAGGCACCUUCGACCUGAGGAUGUUUCUGGAGAACAUGAAGGUGGAUUUCCUGCGCAGCCUCAACCUGAGUGGGGUGCCUUCCCAGGACAAAACCCAAGCGGAGCCACCACAGUACAUGAUUGACCUGUACAACAGAUACACCACUGAUAAGUCUUCCACCCCUGCAUCCAACAUCGUGCGCAGCUUCAACGUGGAAGAUGCUGUCUCUGUGUUUGCCACCGAAGACUUCCCCUUCCAAAAACACAUCUUGCUAUUUAACAUCUCCAUUCCCAGGCAUGAGCAAAUCACCAGAGCAGAGCUUCGACUCUACAUAUCCUGCCAAGGUCAUGAGGACUCUUCUCAUGAGCUGAAAGGAAGCAUGGCCAUUUAUGAUGUUCUGGAUGGAGCAGACAUGUGGGAUGCUUCUGCAGGAACCAAGACCUUCCUAGUGUCCCAGGACAUUUGGGAUGAGGGCUGGGAGACUUUUGAGGUCUCCAGUGCUGUAAAGCGGUGGGUCAGGGCAGACUCCACCAAGAGCAAAAAUAAACUGGAAGUGACUGUGGAGAAUCACAGAAAAGGCUGUGACAAGCUGGACAUCAGUGUUCCCCCAGGCUCCAAAAACCUGCCCUUCUUUGUUGUCUUCUCCAAUGACCGCAGCAAUGGGACCAGGGAGACCAGGCUGGAACUCAGGGAGAUGAUCAGCCAUGAGCAGGAAAGUGUGCUGAAGAAGUCCAACAAUGGCCUGGCAGAGGCAGGUGAGAACAAGGAUGAAAAGGAGGUUGUGGAAAGCCACAUAGCCUCAGGGUCAUCAUUAACCAGACAGAAGAGGAGUGCUGGGACCAACAACCACUGUCAGAAGACAUCCCUGCGGGUGAACUUUGAGGACAUUGGCUGGGGCACCUGGAUCAUUGCGCCCAAGGAGUAUGAUGCCUAUGAGUGCAAAGGUGGCUGCUUCUUCCCCUUGGCUGAUGAUGUGACCCCAACGAAACACGCCAUUGUGCAGACCCUGGUGCAUCUCAAGUUCCCCAUGAAGGUGGGCAAAGCCUGCUGUGUGCCCACGAAACUCAGCCCUAUCUCCAUCCUCUAUAAGGAUGACAUGGGGGUUCCCACCCUCAAAUACCACUAUGAAGGGAUGAGCGUGGCAGAGUGUGGAUGCAGGUAGUGCCACCUGUGGGUGGGGAAGAUCAGGUUCGGGGAGUUGUAAUGACAUGUCCUGCUUACCCCUGGGCAUGGCAGGGACUAAGUUUAUCUGCAUGCCAACCUGGAAAAGAAAAAAGAACUGUCACUUCUUUGAGGUAAAGGCCUAUUCUCCCUUUCAUGGCCCACCCCAAGCACAUCGCUGGGAUUAACUGCAGGGGAAAAUGAUGGCAAGAGGAGGUAAGGAUCUAGAGCAGAGGGAAGCCUGGAAAGGUUGUUGGGGUUGAAAGGGAGAUGAUGGAAGUGGGACAAGAGGAAAAAUAAUCCAGAAUCAGCAGAACACAGAUCAGAUGUGAGCCAGAGGAGAAUAGACAGAUAGGUGAUAUGAAGACAUUUAUAAAAAUUAGAGUUAAGGGGGUUGGGGCUUAUUCCAAUAACCUCAGGGAGUGUGGGGAAAAGAAGUGGGCUAUGUGCUCUAUACCAAUCAUUUGACAUAUUCCUGCAACCCAGUGAGAUGGCCAUUAUUAUCCCCAAUUUAUAUAUGCCAAACCCAAAACUCAGGUCAAGUAGCACCUGUCAAUCGCCUUAUUCCAUCUCACAUGUUUCCAUACGUCUGCCUGUCUCCAACAGUGCCUCAUUGCAGAUUAGCAGGUCACCUUGUAACUAAAAAUCAAUUAGAUGUUGGGAGGUGAGGAGUGUAGGACACUGGGCUGAGAUGGGCCAGUACCACCAAUAUGACUGGGCUGCCUAUUACAACAAGGGCCUAUUCCACCUGCUCAGUGCCUGUGCUGUUUCAGUGGCCAAGUACUUUCUAAGAUCACUGUUGAGCCACUGGAAAACUACCCCCUAAACCAACUGCAGGAGGGAGAGAGUGCAGAACAGCAGUCCCUGGGCCACAGCAUGCACUGUGCCAGAGUGACUUUGACCCUCUGGCACAGUGCUUAUAUGGUCAACAGUUCAGAUAGAGCCACUGGCUGCCUGUGGACUCAAACU